UCUGGAGAGCUCUCGGUGCUCUGCCAGCUUCGGAGGCGGGAGGGAGAGCCACUGCAGAUGAACACCCAUUCCCUCCUGAGCCUGCGCCGUGGCCAGCGAGUGGAAGAGAGUCUGCCACACGCCCCACGGGCACAGCGACACGGCACCCGUGCCUCGGGUUUCCCUUCUCACCCCGGUUCUGUUUUUCUUAGGCACCAUGCCUGCCCUCAGACCUCUCGUGAAACCUAAAAUCGUCAAGAAGAGGACCAAGAAGUUCAUCCGCCAUCAGUCUGAUCGCUAUGUCAAGAUCAAGCGCAACUGGCGUAAACCGAGAGGUAUCGAUAACAGAGUGCGCCGGCGGUUCAAGGGCCAGAUCCUGAUGCCCAACAUCGGCUACGGCAGCAAUAAGAAGACGAAGCACAUGCUGCCCUCGGGCUUCAGGAAGUUCCUGGUCCACAACGUCAAAGAGCUGGAGGUGCUCAUGAUGAGCAACAAGUCGUACUGCGCCGAGAUCGCUCACAACGUGUCUUCCAAGAACCGGAAGAUCAUCGUGGAGAGAGCUGCCCAGCUCGCCAUCAAGAUCACCAAUCCCAACGCCAGACUGCGCAGCGAGGAGAACGAAUAAACCGGCUUCUGCCUCGGAGGUGUAUUUAAUAAAGCGUAAAAACAA